AUGGCCUCCGUACUAGCAGUCGGCGCCGGCGUCGCCGUAGCUGCCUUCCUAGUACGUUCGUUCGUUUUCCGGGUGGCGAAAAAGCACACACACACACGGACAAGUCACGGGACAGAAACCUGUUGGCUAACACAACAUUCGCGUCAACCACAGGGUCGAGCAGGAGUUGUCGCAUGGCGGCGGUCGCGGGGUGGUGUGGGCGCGCUAGGCAAGGCCUUCUACAAGGGCGGGUUCGAGCCGCGCAUGAACCGGCGCGAGGCGGCGCUGAUCCUGUCGCUCAAGGAGCAAAGCGUCACCAAGGACAAGAUUCGCAAGGCGCAUCGCACGCUGAUGCUGCUCAACCACCCGGACCGAGGCGGCAGCCCGUACCUCGCGACCAAAGUCAACGAGGCUAAGGAGUUCCUAGAGAAGAACGGCCAAUAA